UUCUUCUACCACAUUAUAUCUCCAGUACUACACGCUGUGUAAUCCAAUUAUCCAAACACGUCCUCGAAUUCUUUUGUUCUUGUAGAGAGAGAGAGAGAGAGUUUGAGUUUGAUCGGAAGAAGACACUGAAACCAUGCCGGCGGCAGGAUUUUCGGCCAGUUCGGCCGGAACGGAGUUCGAGGCGAAGAUCACUCCGAUCGUGAUUAUUUCAUGCAUAAUGGCGGCUACCGGAGGGCUCAUGUUUGGUUACGAUGUCGGUAUUUCAGGUGGAGUGACUUCUAUGCCGUCAUUCUUGAAGAAAUUCUUCCCAGUGGUACACAGGAAGAUACAGGAAGGAGAUGAUAAAAAUUACUGCAAGUAUGAUAAUCAAGGACUCCAAUUGUUCACCUCCUCACUUUACCUUGCCGGUUUAACCGCGACUUUCUUCGCCUCUUACACAACAAGGAGGCUGGGAAGAAGAUUAACCAUGUUGAUCGCUGGGGUUUUCUUCGUCUUAGGUACCGUUAUUAACGCUGCUGCUCAAGACCUUGCCAUGCUCAUCAUCGGUAGAAUCUUGCUUGGUUGCGGUGUGGGUUUCGCCAAUCAGGCUGUGCCACUGUUCCUCUCGGAAAUUGCUCCUACAAGAAUACGUGGAGGGCUGAACAUACUGUUCCAACUUAAUGUUACUAUUGGCAUUCUUUUGGCAAACCUAAUCAAUUACGGCACUGCCAAAAUCGAAGGUGGAUGGGGUUGGAGGCUUUCAUUGGGUUUGGCAGGCAUUCCUGCUGGUCUUCUAACAGUAGGGUCUCUUCUAGUGGUGGACACUCCCAACAGUCUCAUUGAGCGUGGUCGUUUGGAAGAAGGAAAAGCUGUACUCAAAAAGAUCAGAGGCGUUGACAAUGUUGAUCCUGAGUUCAGGGAACUUGUUGAUGCAAGUGAAAUUGCUAAACAAGUGAAGCACCCUUUCAGAAAUCUCCUGAAGCGUAGGAAUCGUCCCCAGCUAGUCAUUUCUGUUGCUCUUCAGAUCUUCCAACAAUGUACGGGAAUCAAUGCGAUCAUGUUUUAUGCGCCAGUCCUCUUCAACACCUUGGGAUUUGGCGGUGAUGCUUCCCUUUACUCAACUGUAAUUACAGGAGCAGUGAAUGUUCUCUCCACCGUUGUUUCGAUCUAUUCGGUAGACAAAGUGGGUCGUAGGAUGCUCUUAUUGCAAGCGGGAGUUCAGAUGUUCUUGUCCCAAACGGUGAUAGCAAUAAUACUAGGAUUGAAGGUCACAGACACAUCUGAUAGCCUUAGCAAAGGCAUUGGAAUAUUUGUUGUUGUCAUGGUCUGCACUUUUGUGUCUGCUUUUGCCUGGUCUUGGGGACCUUUGGGGUGGCUGAUACCCAGUGAGACAUUCCCGUUAGAGACCAGAUCGGCGGGGCAAAGUGUUACCGUCUGUGUCAACUUGCUCUUCACUUUUGUUAUAGCACAGGCUUUUCUGUCCAUGCUUUGCCAUUUCAAGUGGGGUAUCUUUUUGUUCUUCUCCGGUUGGGUUCUGAUCAUGUCGACCUUCGUGCUGUUUCUGCUGCCGGAGACGAAGAACAUUCCAAUCGAAGAGAUGACAGAUAGAGUAUGGAAGCAGCACUGGUAUUGGAAGAGAUUUAUGGAUUAUGAAGUGGAUGAGGUGGAAGAAACUGUUAAUCAUAUUGGAAAUGGUUAUGGUGAUGCCAAGAAAAAUGGGCAUGCAAAUGGAUUUGACCCUGCUUCUCAGUUGUAAAUUUGGGUUAUUAUUAUUAUUAUUAUUUUUAUUUUUUCUGUUAUUGAAAGUCAUAGCAAAUAUAGGAAAUAGGUAUAUGUGAAACAAUUAAACGGAAGCUAUAUUACAGAUGUGGUAUUAAUUUUUGCCUUUAUUUCUUUGGUCAUAGGGCCAUGGAAUCAAAAGGGAAGCUUUAAUAAGGGCAGUAGUUAUUCUCUUAUAUAUAUUUUACCUCCUUUUUGUUUGUUGUACUUUUAAAGGCUAAAAUACUUUCUUUUUCCUUA